GGGCUGCCGCUGGUGAUGCAGGAUGCUGUAUCCCCGGUGCCGUGACAGGCAAGGCUCGCCCCUGCCCUGCAAGCGGGAAGGAGGCGCCGGCAGAGUCGGACCCGCUCCCCGCCUCCCUACCGGCCCCAGCCCCGCUGAGCUCUCCCCGCCGAGCCGGGAGCUGGGACACCGCACCAGAGCCUCAAGGCACAAGGAUGGCCAGCCCUAGAGCCACAGGGCUCUCCUGGGAGAUCACUUGGCUUGCUAUUGCUAUCUAUGCCCAUCUACAGACAAGAGCAGAGCAGUCCCAAGGUGCAUACUUCUUGCCUGAGUUUGCACUUUCUCCACAGGGGAGUUUUCUUGAGGACACCACGGGGGAACAAUUCCUCACUUACCGAUAUGAUGACCAGACCUCCAGAAUUACCCGUUCUGAUGAAGAUAAGGAAGGCUCUUGGGAUGCCUGGGGAGCCUGGAGUGAUUGCUCACGGACCUGUGGGGGGGGAGCCUCUUACUCUCUGAGGAGGUGUUUAAAUGGCAGGAACUGUGAAGGUCGGAAUAUUCGAUACAAAACCUGCAGUAGUAAUGACUGCCCUUCAGAUGUUGGUGACUUUAGGGCACAGCAGUGUUCAGCCUACAAUGAUGUCAAAUACCAGGGACAUUUUUAUGAGUGGAUCCCUGUGUAUAAUGAUCCCACUGCUCCCUGUGCCCUCAAAUGUCAAGCCCUGGGAAAGAACUUGGUUGUGGAACUUGCUCCAAAAGUGCUAGAUGGUACCCGUUGUAACACUGAAUCCUUGGAUAUGUGCAUCAGUGGAAUAUGCCAGGCAGUAGGCUGUGAUCGACAACUUGGGAGCAAUGCCAAGGAAGACAACUGUGGAAUCUGUGCAGGAGAUGGUUCAACAUGCAGGCUUGUGAGGGGACAAGCUAAGGCACAUGUCUCACCAGAAAAAAGGGAAGAAACUGUGAUUGCUGUUCCACAUGGGAGUCGCAGUGUGAGAAUUACCCUAAAAGGACCAGCACACCUUGUUAUAGAGUCAAAGACACUACAUGGUGACAAGGGAGAGCACAGCUUCAAUGCUUCAGGAACAUUUGUCAUAGAAAAUACAACUGUUGAAUUUCAGAAGAACACAGACAGGGAAAUCAUGAAGAUUCAGGGUCCCCUUGGAGCAGAUUUCAUUAUCAAGACCAGGUACUCUGGAUCAAAAGAAAGUGUGGUUCAGUUCUUUUUCUAUCAGCCCAUCAGUCACCAGUGGAGACAAACAGAGUUCUUCCCCUGUACAGUCACGUGUGGAGGAGGUUAUCAGCUGAACUCAGCUGAGUGUGUGGAUAUUCGGCUGAAGCGUGUUGUUCCUGACCACUAUUGUCAUUACUAUCCAGAAAAUAAGAAACCAAAGCCCAAGCUAAAAGAAUGCAACAUGGAUCCCUGCCCUUCUAGUGAUGGAUUUAAAGAAAUCAUGCCCUAUGAUCACUUCCAGCCACUUCCUCGGUGGGAGCAUAACCCUUGGACUGCAUGUUCAGUUUCCUGUGGAGGUGGUAUCCAGAGGAGAAGUUUUGUGUGUGUAGAGGAGACCAUUCAUGGCGAGAUACUGCAGGUGGAAGAAUGGAAAUGCAUGUAUGCUCCUAAGCCCAAAGUCAUUCAAACCUGCAAUCUAUUUGACUGUCCUAAAUGGGUGGCAAUGGAAUGGUCUCAAUGCACAGUGACCUGUGGCCGGGGCCUGCGGUACCGAGUAGUGCUGUGUAUUGACCACAGCGGGCAGCACGUUGGUGGCUGUAAUCCACAACUUAAACUACACAUAAAAGAAGAGUGCAUUGUGCCAAUACCGUGUUACAAGCCAAAAGAAAAAAAUCCUGUGGAAGCAAAAUUGCCAUGGUUUAAGCAGGCACAUGAAAUGGAAGAGACCACCACAGCCUCAGAAGAACCAACGUUUAUUCCUGAGCCCUGGUCUCCAUGCAGUGCCACGUGUGGCCAUGGCACCCAGGUGCGAGAUGUGAAGUGCCGAAUUCUUCUUGCGUUUACUCAGACUGAAGUUGAGCUGCCUGAGGAGGAAUGUGAAGAUGAGAAGCCACCAACAGAACGAGUCUGUCACCAGGCAUCCUGUGACAGUGAUCCUGUCUCCUACACACCAGAAUUUUUACAUGCUGAAGACAGCAGUAUGAUUUAUGACUGGGAAUACAUUGGGUUUACUCCUUGUUCAGCCACAUGUCUUGGAGGAACACAAGAAGCCAUUGCCAUGUGUUUGCAUGUCGAGACAAAACAAGCUGUCAAUGAAACCCUGUGUGACAGUUCCAAGAGACCACCACCAAUGACUCGUACUUGCAACAUGAAGCUUUGCCCUCCGAGGUGGCAAAGUGGACCCUGGAGACGCUGCUCAGCGACCUGUGGGGUUGGGAUACAGACCAGAGAUGUGCACUGCCAGCAGUCUGGAGGAGCUGCUGUUGCUGCUGAAGACUGCAAGGACAAAAAGCCUCAUUCUUUACAAGCUUGUAACCAGAUUGAUUGUCCCCCUGUCUGGCAUGUUGAGGAGUGGCAACAGUGCUCACGUACUUGUGGAGGAGGAAUUCAGACCCGCAAAGUGCACUGUAAGCAGCUGCUGACAGAUGGAAGUUUCCUGAAACACUCUGAUGACACCUGCCAGGAACCUAAAUUGCCAACUAGUAAAGCAUGUGCAAAAGUUGAUUGUCCUCCUCAGCUGGUCAUAGGAGAAUGGUCCAAGUGCUCAGUAAGCUGUGGUGUUGGAAUCCAGAGGAGGAAACUUGCCUGCCAAACCCUAACAGCAAAGGGCCAAUAUGUCACAUUAAAUGGAUCAAUGUGUAGUGGUCUGUCUCCUUCACUGCUUGUAAGGUCUUGUCACAUGAAUGCCUGCAACAAGCUUAAACCAAAGCUGCCAGAAAAGUAUUCUGCUCUGGGACCUCAGAUUGUCAGUGUUCACCGAGUCUAUAUCCAAACACGACAAGAGAAACGCAUUAAUUUUACCAUAGGAAGCCGAGCCUACUUACUUCCAAAAACAUCUGUUGUAAUUAAGUGCCCUGUACGAAGGUUCCAGAAAUCCCUUAUCCAGUGGGAGAAAGAUGGACAACACUUAGAAAACUCCAAAAGACUUGGCAUCACUAAGUCAGGCUCACUAAAAAUACACAGUCUCGAAGCAAGUGAUAUUGGUGUGUACAGAUGUAUUGCAGGCUCUGUGCGAGAAACCUUUGUGCUCAAACUGAUUGGUACUGACAACAGAUUGAUAGAGCCACCAAGUCUUAGAAAACAUGCCAGUGAGACCAGUAAUGCAGAUCACAAUGAGGCCAACAGCUUUGGGGCCAAAUGGCAUAAAAUGAGCAAAAUGUGGCAAAUGUGGAGUAAGAAAAAUGAGCUCUACCUGGGUGACAGGCAGAUAAACGAUCAACCACUUCGGCGAAAUCUUGAAACUUUGGGGAGUAAUUCAGCAGAAGACUUCAACUCUCGUGAAUUCAAGAAUAAACGACUGGAAGCAGCAGUUCUCCAAGGUGCCUACAGCAUGGACACUGUGCAGUUUGAGGAACUGAUAAGGAACAUGAGUCAGCUCAUUGAAACUGGAGAAGUAGAUGACGACUUGGCAUCCCAGGUCAUUUAUCAAUUAAUUGCUGAGUUAUCUAGGCCUCCACAACCAACUACUGAGAAAUGGAAGGGGGCCCAGGAUGAGAAACUUGCCUCAAAACUCACAGGCAAGUCACCUAAUGAAUCUGAACGUUCCAGCACAAAAACUGGUGAUAAGGUAGUCUUCAACCAGAAGGUUCCAGUUAUUAUGAGGCAAAAUGAAAGUCCUCGAGUUUCCUUCAACAAAACAUUAACAGUUCGGAUCGGAAAUACAGUUUAUCUGACCAGGAAUACUCGUGCUGUCAAUCUGCUGUGUGAAACAGCAGGUGUUGGCGAAGUGAAAUAUACCUGGACAAAAGAUGGAGAGACAUUAAAAGCCUCUGAGAAGGUGACCUUGGACACCAUUGGAAAAGUGCAGAUUCAGAAUCCUACUCAAAAGGAACUUGGUACAUACGGAUGCCUGGUUGUUAAUGACUUUGGGUUUGAUAUGGAAACAUCAUUGCUUUUGCGUGCAGAGAUUCCUGUCAUCUUGUCCUCUGUGUUAAAUGUUACAAAUCUGGAAGCCAGCAGUCUCUCGGCAGUUGUUGGAGGUACAAUUGUGGCACGAACUGGAGCAAAUAUUACUGUUGAAUGUCCAGUGAAAGGUGUUCCCCAACCAAGCGUAGCAUGGUUUAAGAAGGAAGACUUUCUACAAAUCAGUUCUUCCUUGAUUUUGAAUGGCUCUUUACUUUUGAGGAAUGUUUCCUCUGAAGAUGCAGGAACAUACACUUGCAGAGCAACUAAUGCUCUUGGGAAGGCUGAAGCUGCAUCUGCUCUCCAUGUAACUGAACAAAGAUAUAUAGAAAAUAACACUCUAUUAUCAAAGGGAAGCAGAAGAAAACGUGUCCUGAUGGCAUCUGGAAUUGGUACAAAUAUCAGUGUGGUACCUGGAGAUCCACUAAGACUAGGUUGCCCUGUGUUGCUCAGCCACAAAAAUCCAGUUCACUGGCUUUUCAGAGAAACUCCAAUAGAGGAAGUUAAGACUUUGGAAUUCCGAGCCCUGGUUGGGGGUCGUAUCCUAGAGGUGAACACCAACUCUGGUCAAUUUGCUGGACACUUCCAAUGUUGGACUUCAACCAGUGCAAAACCAAUGUCAGUUUGGGUAAAUGUCAAGAAGGAAGAUUAUAAAUGGGAAUAUGCUGAGUGGAAUAUCUGCUCUGCUAGCUGUGGGCAUUCAGGAACCCACUCCAGAAGGCUCCAGUGCAUGAAUUCAGAGAAGAAGAAAGUAAAUGAAUCAUUAUGCAGAGAGCUGCAAAAGCCAGUGAUCAUUUCCCAGUCGUGCAACAGGGUUGACUGCCCAGCCAGGUGGGUAACUACUCCCUGGUCAGAGUGCUCUGCAUCUUGUGGCAAUGGAUUUCGCUAUCGACAAGUAAGUUGUCAGCAAGUGAAAGGCAAUGGCAGUGUCCUGACCCUGCCUCCAGAGGCUUGUGCACCCCCUGAUGGUCAUGUGGGAAGGAAACCCUGCCUGGGUCAGUCGUGUACAGUGAGAACAAUACAGACAAAAGGACAGUGUUCUGGUCGCUGUGUAGCCCGCCCUGUCGGUUUGCAGCAUCGUCACUUUUUAUGCCAACUUCGUAAUGGAUCUUUGGUGCCAAACUCUUCUUGUGAUGAAAGACAGAGAUCUCCAGUCAGAAGAAACUGCUCUUCAGAGGUGUGUGAUGUUUACUGGUGGACAGGCCCUUGGAGGCCUUGCAGUGUGGACUGUGGGAGUGGAUUUCAGUCAAGACGAGUGUACUGUGUACACAGAAAAAAUAAAAAACCUGUGGCUGAUCAGUACUGUGGACGGAGAAAGAGACCAGUGACCUGGCAGCACUGCAAUGUCACGUCCUGUGGCAGUAUGUAAAUGUUUAUUUAUAUAUGAGCAUAGUAAUAGCUUGUAGCAGUUAUCUUAGAAAGUGACUCACAGUUGUACACUAAUGAUUCUGCAAGCAUUUGACUGUACAUCAAAGGCAAAACUGUCCUCUCCGAGGAGCACUUCAUAAUCCUGGGGUUAUUUUUCUCUGUGAGUAGGCCAGUUGGAUAUUAAAGCCUCAAAAGCACUUUUAGAAACAAGAUAUUUAGGAAGUUCUUUUAUGCAAACUUCCUUACAUGACUGUGCCUGUUGUGACUCAUUAGUCUUUGAGCAAGUUGUUAAUUCCUGAAAGAUGGGGUAGUUUUCUGAAACAGGCAAUGGGUAACUGAAUGCAGUGAGCUCACACCUCUUACUUGUGACCUAAUUUAGCUUUGACUCCACCGUUGCCAGAAAUACAAUGUAAAAUAAUUACAAAGCUACCAGGAAUCCAUCUGUUGUUUACAACUACAAUGAGUUCUACUAUUUAUCUUUUGUCCCUGAUAAAGCCUUUUACUUUUUAAAUAUAUUUUUCAGAAGGUGAAUGCAAAGAUAAAACUCAGUAUUGUACGUUUAUAAAGCAACUAAACUUAUGGUUGAUAUUCAUCUACAAACAAAGAUGUCAAUCAUGUCAAGAAAUGUAACUCCUCUAUGGAAAGUUCAUGAUGCUGCAGUGAGGAGAUGAGACAAGAGGUUCAUUAAACCUGCCUGCUCAAAGUAUAUCUUGUAAAUUAGACAUUAGUCAUAACAGUUAAAUGGAAACAUAGGGCUAAGAAAAAACAGUACUGCAGAUUGAUAUUCUGGGUGGGGUAUUUUUUUCUGAGAACUUUUAUUAUCCACUCUUUUCAGUAGAACUUUUAAUGUUUUAAAUAUUUUUGUGUCUGGAUUAGGGCGAUGAUAUCAUGGAUAUCAUCAGUCAAAUUUUACACCACAUUAUAAUUUUAUCAAAGGAAAAAGCACCAUCUAAAAGUACUAAGUAGUGCUUACUAUCCUAUACUAUGAGAAAAACAAAGUCAAAAAAUACUUUGAAGAAUUUUGGAAUGCAGCAACUAUUGACCCCUAGGUUUUGUUUUCAUUAUCAAAUUUAACACAAUUUUCAAAGUUACAGAAGCUGUGGCUGGUAGCUGUAAAAUUUUUGGCAGUUCCUUCAUUUUCAUAAACAGCUUGAGCUUAAGUGUUGAUCUCACAGGAUCUUUUUUACUGAUAUUAGCUGCCACGUGGAUACGCAGAAGUACUUUUCAUUUUUUGUGCUUGUAUUUAUUUGGAGUAAAAGAUGUUAGUAAAAUUUUCAAAACAGCAAUAUAUCUGUUUUGAAUAAAUGAGGUGUCAUUUUCCAUAAUUUCUAUUCUUUUUCUCCCAUCACUGAAGUACAAUUGAAGUUCUGGCAUGAUCAGGCUUUUCUACUGACUUUAAAUUUAAACACAGAGCUUUCUUUUCAGAGCUGUGAGUGAAACAUUUGUGAGCACUGUUCCCUUGCACAUCAAGUCAACUGGGGAGCCAACAGCUGGCCAAACACUGCUGUCCCAUUUUAUGUCUUGAGUAAAUAUUUUUUUCCCCCAUUAAUGCAGAAAAAUGUCCAAGGAAGAAUUAUUAAUUAUGAAGAUAGACCAAAAAAAAAAUAUAUUUUGAGCAGUCCAUCAAGAUAACUUUUCAUCAUGACCUUUUGAGUCCUUUGGAAGUUGAUAAUCAAUUCUGAUUAUGAUAUUCCCAGGUAAAUUAUUUUCCAUGUUGCAGAUUAUGCCUCAUCAAGGCUGGAAGCAGAGAAAACCCCAUAGGAGGCAACAGGCAGAUCUUAUUUUAUUUUUCUUUUAUAGUUUCCACACUACUGCACAUAUUGGAGACCUGAAUGCUUGCAUUGACUUGGAUCUUGUGUAACAUUACUGACUGCAUUACAUGCUAAUUAGUGGGCAUGCUGUAAGAAUGAGUUUAGAAACAGCAUUCCUGCACAAUGGGUUUGCAUCACUGAAAAUUAGAUUAGCACUACUGUAUAGAAAAUGUUUAAUGUGGACUGUUGUGUCCGAGGCUGACUGCAAGGAGAGGAGAUUCCUGAUCAGUACCUUUUUAAUCAGCAAUGGGUCUUGAUUGUUUAAGCAAUUUUUUUUAAAUUAAAAGGAAACAUUUGUAAGAUACUUUUGUAGAUAUUUAUUGUCUGAUUUAAAAGUGCAAUAUUUUGUUUUGUACAGUGUUUAAUAAAGAUUUUUGGACAUAUAUUUUUUCUUAUUACCAAAAUUUCUUAUUCAUGUUUUUUCUUGAUAUUUAAAACUUUCUAAUGUUAACACAUAGCAUUUUUUGUGGUUAUAAUUUUGUCUUUGGUUAAGUAUGCAUGUUAUUCAGAAGCAGUGCUGUAAAUGUUUGUUAUUGCAAUCAGCAUGGCAUUCCUCUGUGGAUUGUUUUCUCCAGUAACUUAAGAUGUCUAAUAUUUAGCCCUCUUGAACGUAGUUUUGAUAUUUCUGAAAUAAACUCUAGUUUGAUUAUUCAACACUG